AUGUUCACCAAGCAUUUUUUAGUUUACAAGCUUUCGCAUCCCAACGCUGCAGUUGACUGUUCAGCUCCAAAGAGUAUGCUCAAGAGUAUAAAAUAUAGUGACCAGCAGCUAAGAGAAAAAAUGAAAAAAGAAAUAAGAAGAUAUGAGAAGUCUUUACAGUCAAGAAAUGGAUCGCGUCCAAGCUCCAGGGAAAGUUGUAAUUCCAUAUUAUCAAAGAAGGACAUUUAUGAAGGACGUGGACAUAUUACAAGGGCUUCUCUUUACUCAGACCCUGGAGAACUGAACUCCACAAGCUCUUUCCUCUCUUCCCCCCGUCAGUUUGGAUUUCUGGAUAAAACUGCUGAAAAAUACAAGGUUUCUCAUAAGAGCUAUCCAGAUUUAUCCAGGAGAAAGAGUGCUUUUGUAUUACAGUCCCACACCUCCAGCUCUCCUUCUGUGGUCAGUGUUUCUAAAAGUUUUAGCAAAUUUCAGGACAAUCAGAAGAAAACCUAUAAUGGAGAUCUCCUGGAUAAACACUCAGAGCAGUUCACAAACUCCAUACGUCCCUUUACACCCCGUACCUUGAAGACAAAGGCCAAAUCUGUGUUGGCACAGUACCGUUAUUAUACACCUCCAAGGAGUAAAAGAAAAGACGCAGUGACUGAGGCAGAGAUAACUGGAUCUGCAGCAUCAGAGAAGAACGUACUGUCUUUGCCCGGUGAUAAGAGGGGUGCAGUGGAGUCAGAUGAUUUGUCUUCUGAGGAUGGGUACUCUGAGACUUGGGACCCUCUCCCUGAGGCUGUGGGGGAGGAUGUGUUAUUCAAUUUCAGACUUGAGCAUAUCCUUGCUUUAUUGCGGGAAGUGUUAAAAGUUUUAAAGGGAGGCUAUUCUGAAGAUGAACAGUACAUCGAUGAUUUUGAAGAAGAAGAACAAAUCUCUUCUCAAAUAUCUGAAAACCAAAAAGACUGGAACAAGCUGGCAUUUUACCAGCGUUCUUCACCAAGGUUAUCGUACAGAGAAUGGACAUCUCCCUCUCCUACCUUAUUGAAAAUAAGAUCUGAAGAGGAAGAACUAGCUUAUCUUACAUUUGUUGCUGACAUCACAGAUGAAAUCCUGACUCUGGGACUGUUUUCAAACAGGGUUUUAAAGCGGGUGUUUGAACGUCAUAUUGCAGAAAAUAAACAUCGUUUGGACGAGGGGAAAAUGCGCCACCUGCUGGACACUCUUGCAAAAGAUUUAGGCUGUAUAAACGGAAGCAGUGAAAUAAGUAACAGAAACAGAUAUGAGACAUUCAAUGAGGAUUACUCCAUGAACUCGUAUAACUUUCAUACAGAUAGAAUGGAAAACAGGUUCUUUCAGUCAAAGCCUAUAUCUUACUUAGAUGACAGUCUUAAACAAGAUGGAUUACUACAGAACAUGAUAAAUAACGCAGAAGAUUAUGAGGAUAAACAAACUAAAGCUUCCUUAGAUGCAAAUCCUAAUCUAUCCAGUACACAAAAACUUGAGGAUGAUACUGAGAAAUCAGACAUGAUAGAGGCCCUCGAUCAACUGGAGAAAAACUUUUCAGAAGGUCUUCAUGUAUCUAAAGAUGAGCUCUCCCUUCAUGACGAAGUGGCAGAGAGCCCGUGUACUGAUACAGCUGGACCAAGUGAGGGAGAAAGUGAAGAUGAUUUAUAA